CCAUCCAUUACUUACACACAACUAUUGAUCCAUCCACAAUCUCACCAUGAGUUGCUUUCCCUGCUUUUCGUCUAAGAGCAAGAAAGGGAUCGAUAAGAACAACGACAAUUCCGCCUCCUUCUCCUCCGGCCACCGUACUCCGCCGCACCCUAAGUCCCCUGCACCAGAAGCAAUCAAAACAAAGCCCACAGAGGAAGGGAAGGAGAAAGCACAUGAAGGUGAAAAAAUAGAUGCCCAGAACUUCACUUUCCGGGAGCUAGCCACGGCUACAAAGAAUUUCCGCCAGGAAUGUCUUUUGGGUGAAGGUGGGUUUGGGAAGGUCUUUAAGGCUACCCUUCAACCAAGUGGCCAGGUGAUGGCUGUGAAGCAGCUUGAUAGAAAUGGUAUGCAAGGGAACAAGGACUUCCUUGGUGAGGUUAAGGCAUUGAGCCUUCUAAAGCAUCCAAAUCUUGUGAAGUUCAAUGGAUAUUGUGCAGAUGGAGAUCAAAGGAUUUUGGUGUAUGAAUAUAUGCCUGGAGGUUCUUUGGACGAUUGUCUCUUCGACAUAAAAGAAGAUAGAAAGCCAAUGGAUUGGUUUGCUCGUAUAAAAAUAGCAUUAGGAGUUGCAAAAGGAUUGGAAUACCUGCAUGACCAGACGGAUCCUCCCAUAAUAUUUCGUGAUUUGAAGUCAUCAAACAUCUUGCUCGAUGAAGAUUUCAGCCCAAAGCUUUCUGAUUUUGGACUCGCAAAUCUCAGCGGCGGCGGCGGCGACAAGUCUCCGUUGCCGUCAAGGGUCAUGGGCACCUAUGGCUACUCUGCUCCUGAGUAUACAAGAGGUGGUCAACUCACCGCCAAGUCUGAUAUAUACAGCUUUGGAGUUGUGAUGCUUGAACUCAUCACUGGAAGAAAAGCUGUCGACACUACAAAACCAAAUAACGAGCAGAAUCUUGUUGCUUGGGCACAACCAUUUUUCCGAGAUCCAAAGAGAUUUCCAGACCUGGCCGAUCCUCUCCUAGGACGGUUGUUCCCGGAGAAAGAUCUGAAUCAGGCCGUCGCCGUCGCUGCCAUGUGUCUGCAAGAGGAAGCAGAAGUCCGUCCUCUGAUCGCAGACGUCAUGAUUGCCCUCAGCUUCCUAUCCACAACUCCGGAUGAGAACCUCCGUCCGCUCCCUUACCCGCCGGAGCCUGAGGACGAGGAGGACGACGACGAGGACUACUCCUCUUCAGACUGUUCAGAUUCCGAUACCGAAUCUCGAAACAUCGGAAAAGACGGCGCAUCUGGAAACUUCACAAGUGCAAGAAACCACGAAACAGACAUCUCAGAUGACGAAGAAGAAGACAUCAGUCCAAGAACUCAGAAACCUAAAAAGAAAAAGAAAAACAAAGAAUCUGAUCAAAAACGAGUCGGAUUCAAAGACGACGUACAACCACCGCCAAAUCACUCCCGAAAGAACAGCUCCUCAUCGAGCGAUGGAGGCUCUUCAGCUAGAAGCAGCAACGCAUCGGAAAAUGAAAAUAACAGAGAUUCAUCGAAUAAUGUAAAUAGAAGUGAUUCUACAUUAGAUCAUAAACAAGAGUAG